UCGACUUUAAGGAAAAAAGGCAGAAACAGUACAUAACGUCAUGUCUUCGAGUUUAUCCAACGGAGAACAUAUUAAGUCUAAUGUAGAGCAAUUGGAUCAUCAGAAAAAGGAGCAAGUGGAUCAUCUGAAAGAAAUGACCAAACAAUGUAAUAAACAGUUAUAUGCUGAUGAUGACAGUAUCAAUAACAUUAGUGCGUUCAAGAAGAAAACUAAAACCAAAAAAAGUAAGAAAGGCGAAACAGACAAGCAAAAUAUUUCAGUGAAAUCGAGUUUUAGUAAAUUUGAUGCUUUACAGAAGCGAAAUCUAAUUCAUGUACGUUCUAUUGAUGCUAGUACUGCACAAGAAAAAUUCAGUCAACCACAAGGCGAAGUAAAAAAAAAUUGUUUUCUAUGUGAUAAGCCGGUUUAUAAAAUGGAAGAGGUAAAAGCUGAAAAGAAUAUUUACCACAAGAGCUGUUUCAGAUGUAAUGAAUGCAACAAGCAAUUAAAACUAGAUACAUAUCAAAGUCACGAAGGAGUUGUAUAUUGUACUAUACAUUUCAAGUUAUUGUUUGCUCCUAAAUUUGUUGAAGAUGACGAGCCAAUUCAACCGAGAAAACCAGAAUUAAUUAUACGUGAAAAUCAACCAAGUGAAUUACCACCGGAUGUUGUUAGAG